AAGUGGGGUUGGCUCAUGGCUGUGUUUUUAAGCGAUAGUAAUGGCGUUCAUGUCAGCAGCUGCUACUGUCGUGCUGAGAUCAAGAGCUACUUCUUCUUCUUCUGGUUCUAGAAUCUUCACGAGAGCUGCCCCUAAUUCCACCGCCGCUUUCUCCGCCGCCGGACGGGCUCUCACUCCGUUCUCUCGCCUCUCGAUCCGCGCGAUGGCCGACUCUGCAGCGUCUUCGUCGCCUUUCAAGAAGAUCCAAAUUCAGAGAGACGACACUACAUUUGAUGCGUAUGUGGUUGGCAAAGAAGAUGCUCCUGGGAUAGUUGUGCUUCAAGAGUGGUGGGGUGUGGAUUUUGAAAUCAAGAACCACGCUCUGAAAAUUUCUCAACUCGGUGAUGGAUUUAAAGCACUUAUUCCGGAUUUGUAUCGAGGAAAGGUAUGUUUAGAUGUUGCUGAAGCUCAACACGCAAUGGAUGGUCUUGAUUGGCAAGGUGCUGUAAAGGACAUUCGCGCUGCAGUUGACUGGCUGAAAGCAAAUGGUUCUAAGAAGGUUGGUGUUACGGGAUUUUGCAUGGGAGGUGCUCUCUCUAUUGCAAGUUCUGUUUUGAUCCCUAAGGUUGAUGCUGUUGUUGCAUUUUAUGGAGUUCCUUCAUCAGAGCUUGCAGACCCUGCCCAAGCUAAGGCUCCUGUUCAGGCUCAUUUUGGAGAGCUUGACAAUUUUGUUGGCUUUUCAGAUGUGACGGCUGCCAAGUCUUUGGAGGAGAAACUGAAAGCAGCAGGUGUCCCGUAUGAGGUACACAUUUAUCCAGGCAAUGCUCAUGCUUUCAUGAAUAGGUCCCCAGAAGGUGUGAAGAGGAGGAAGAGCAUGGGAAUGGCAGAUGAGGAUAAAGCUUCCGCACAGCUCGCCUGGUCUCGCUUCGAGUCAUGGAUGAAGCGCUACUUGUCUGCUUAAGUAUUUUACAUGUAUUAUACCCAUCAUGUGCUAUACUUUCGAUCUAGAAUAUUUUCCUGAGUGUAGUAAAGCUGGCAUAUCAAAAAGCCUUAAAUAAAAUUGCUUGGGACUCUUGGUGCUUCUGACUGCAAUUUGAGAGUUCUGCUAGACGGUAAAAUUGCUAAAACAACUAUAUACUUUAUUCUCUUGUUAAACUGGUAGUUCAAGGAUGAUCUGAUUUUAGCUCAUUUCUCUGCCUAAACUUGAGUCUUUAGAGAAUUGUGUGAAGCAAUGUCCAUUUUCCUCC